UUUACACCCCAUUCGUUGCUACAUUUGCUCUCCUUAUCUUCCUUCAUAACUUCAUUUCUCCUCCAAAAUCACUUCCGGCGACACUUUUUUUUUGGGAUUCGCCGUUGAUAAUCUCCUCGUCCACGCGAUUCAGUCGCCGUUCAUACUCUUCCGUUAUCCCACGCGCCGAUUCUAUGGAUCUAGAACAAUCUUUUGGUGAACCUAUAAUCAGUUUUGGAUCUGAUGAAGACGUUUCCCUUAAAGCGAGGAACUCAGUUCCGGUUCCAACGGCAAACUCUGGAAAUAUAAUGGGAUGUUUCGAUUGCAACAUUUGUCUCGAUUCAGCUCAUGAUCCUGUAGUCACCCUCUGCGGUCACCUCUACUGCUGGCCUUGCAUUUACAAGUGGCUCCAAGUUGAGAACUCAAACCCCGGAUCAGAAGAGACACCUAAAUGUCCGGUCUGCAAAGCUCACAUCUCAAACUCCUCACUGGUACCUCUCUAUGGCCGCGGAACAUCAUCAGCAGAACACCGAUCCACUGAGUCUCAAGUUGAUGUGGCCAUACCUCGCCGUCCCCCAGCCAUUUGGACAACCACACAAGUCAAUACAUCAUCGCCAACUUCUCACGUUCAUCAACAACUUCAUCACACUUCUUUGUAUUAUCCCCACGCUUUUGGUGGCUUUUCGGCUAUAGCUCCAUCUAGCGUUGGAGGCACUGCGAUGACUAGUUUAUUCAGCCCAAUGGUUGUGAUGUUCGGAGAAAUGUUCCUCACGAGGAUGUUGGGGGGCUCGGAUGCAAGUUCGUUUUCAUAUCCUUAUCCGGGGUCGUAUCCCAUCCCGGGAGGUGGUAGCUCUAGAAUGAGAAGGCAAGAAAUGCAGGUGGACAAGUCUCUUAACAGAGUAUCCACCUUUCUCUUCUGUUGCUUCAUCUUGUGCCUUCUCCUAUUCUGAUUAUAGUAUCAUAUUUCUUCAUCACUGUAUAGAUGUACAAAUGUGACUGUGCUUACCAGCAGUCGGGCAUGUAGUUGAUAGUAAAAAAGAAAAGAAAAAAGAACAGACUUAUAGUGAUUAAACAGAAAAGGCUCUAUACCUUGCAAUUUGCAAAGGUUUAUUUUAUCCUUUCUAGGGCCUUAUCCACACAGUUUAUAUAUGCUAAUCAUCGUUCGAACUUGAGUGUGAUAUGAAGAUAUAUAUCUGCGCGAAUUCUUUGAAUUA